UUUUCCUUAGUAACAGCUUUCACAUUCUGCCUCAAUUCCUCCUCAAUCUAAAUCACACACACACACACACAACACUGGGAGAUUGCUUUUUUUUUUUCCUUUUCCGCCUCCUCCCUCCCGGGGACUUAAUCUGCAAUCUCUCCCCCACCCCCUCCCAGCCACCUUUCCACCCCCCCCCCCUUUUUGAAAUCCCCACCCCCACCAACACACAGGCUCGGGAUAUAAUUGAAUAUCAUUGCAUUCUUGGGUGGCUAUUAACGAUCGGUGGUGUUUGGUGUUUUUGUUUUUAAAACCCUCGUUUUGUUUAUUUGCCAUUUGGCAAAUAAACAUAUGCACCGAAAAAGAGGAAGGAAGGCAGAAGAAGGUGCAUUUCUAGCCGUGGUGGGGGCUCUUCUCUCCCCCUUCUUUCCCCUCCUCUCUUUUGCCUCCAUUGCAAAAAUAAAAAAGAGAGGGGGGUGGGAACUGACUGCUUGUCCAUUGCAAGAAAUCUACACUGGCAGAAAAGAUCGACCCUCCCCCCUCCUCCUUCUGGAAGUGUGGCUUUUAGUACCAUCUUCCUGUGACUGAAGGCUCCUGUCAGGAAACCUUCCACCCAUCCAUGCACUGCCAAUGGGUUGUAUCCUUCGUUGUGACCUCAUGGUUUAAGCGGGCAUAAAGAUGAGUAUAAGCAGUGAUGAGGUCAACUUCCUCGUAUAUAGAUACUUGCAAGAGUCCGGGUUUUCUCAUUCAGCAUUCACCUUUGGUAUUGAGAGCCAUAUCAGCCAGUCUAACAUCAACGGUGCCCUGGUACCCCCAGCUGCUUUGAUCUCCAUCAUCCAGAAAGGUCUGCAGUAUGUAGAGGCAGAAGUCAGUAUUAAUGAGGAUGGUACCUUAUUUGACGGUCGGCCGAUAGAGUCUCUCUCGCUGAUAGACGCCGUAAUGCCAGAUGUGGUACAGACGAGACAGCAGGCCUAUAGAGACAAGCUUGCGCAACAACAGGCGGCGUCCGCAGCUGCGGCUGCUCCUCCGAACCAGCAGGGGUCUACGAAAAACGGCGAAAACACUGCAAACGGGGAGGAAAAUGGAGCCCACACCAUAGCAAUUCCUGAUGAUGCAGAUAACCACACAGACAUGAUGGAAGUGGACGGCGAUGUUGAAAUCCCUCCUAAUAAAGCCGUGGUGCUGCGCGGCCACGAAUCGGAAGUGUUCAUCUGCGCUUGGAACCCCGUUAGCGACCUUCUGGCCUCAGGAUCGGGAGAUUCGACGGCAAGAAUAUGGAACCUUAGUGAGAACAGUACCAGCGGGUCCACGCAGUUGGUCCUCCGGCACUGUAUACGAGAAGGGGGCCAAGAUGUACCAAGUAACAAAGAUGUGACGUCCUUGGAUUGGAAUAGUGAAGGUACGCUUCUAGCAACGGGGUCAUAUGAUGGAUUUGCCAGGAUAUGGACUAAAGAUGGUAACCUCGCCAGCACGUUAGGGCAGCAUAAAGGUCCUAUAUUUGCAUUAAAAUGGAACAAGAAAGGCAAUUUCAUUUUAAGUGCGGGCGUGGACAAGACCACGAUUAUCUGGGACGCACAUACCGGAGAAGCUAAGCAGCAGUUUCCUUUCCAUUCUGCACCAGCCUUAGACGUUGACUGGCAGAGCAACAACACCUUCGCCUCCUGUAGCACAGACAUGUGUAUUCACGUCUGUAAAUUAGGCCAAGAUAAACCCAUCAAAACCUUCCAGGGCCACACGAAUGAAGUAAACGCAAUCAAAUGGGAUCCCACUGGUAAUCUUCUGGCAUCGUGUUCUGACGACAUGACUUUGAAGAUCUGGAGUAUGAAACAAGAUAAUAGCGUCCACGAUCUACAAGCACACAACAAAGAAAUUUAUACUAUCAAGUGGAGUCCUACAGGGCCAGGAACCAACAACCCUAAUGCCAAUCUUAUGUUAGCAAGUGCAUCCUUUGACUCUACGGUGAGGUUAUGGGAUGUCGACAGAGGGAUCUGCAUCCACACUUUGACAAAACAUCAAGAACCUGUGUACAGUGUAGCUUUCAGCCCUGAUGGCAGGUACCUGGCCAGCGGCUCCUUUGACAAAUGUGUACACAUCUGGAAUACACAGACGGGUGCUCUAGUUCAUAGUUACCGGGGAACAGGAGGCAUUUUUGAGGUUUGCUGGAACGCAGCAGGAGACAAAGUUGGAGCGAGCGCUUCAGAUGGUUCAGUUUGCGUACUAGACCUCCGGAAAUAGCGCUACUAGUUGGAAGCCAUGGACCGACUAUGAAUGUGUACAUAGCCAAAAUGACUGUCCCCUUGACCCAUGUACUGCUAUAGUCCCAACUGAACCAUGGCCAGUCCACUUCAGCCAAACCCGAAAGAAUUAUAUACAUAUACUGUAUAUUAACAAACAAACAAACAAUUUUUCUAAAAAAAAAAGAUUACACCCAGAAGAAGAUGAUGACAGAGUUUUGUCACAGCUUGUGAAGCCUGUUCACCAAGUGCUGGAAAUCUGCUGUCUCCCCCCCAUUCCCCCCCCCUCCCAAAAUAACAUAUAGGCAUUUUGGAUAUGGGGGGGGAAAAUAAACAAAACCAUCCAGGACAAGAGAGAGAGAAACAUGACUGUACAACAGCAAGACCAUUCAGUGUACCAAAAUGGGGAAAGCUACAACUGUCUGCCAUUGUUGUUUUCUACUCCCCUGCCCCCUUUCAUCCUCUCUGAUGCUUUGAAAGAUGGGAUUUGUUUCCUUCUCUUCCCCCCCCCCCCUCUUUUGGGCUUUUCUUUCAAUAGGCGAUGAGUUUAUCGUGUACAGGGGAAAAAUGGACUUCCACACUCCUGCAGACAUUAGUUCGUUCAUUGCUUUUCAAACCUCUUUCUCUCCCUGCCCCCCGUCAACCCUGUAUGGUUUUUAUUAAUGCAGAAAAGCAGGCCUGAACUGUUUUUUUUCCAGCGGUGGUUCUUUUGAUGCAGAAUUGAAAAAAAAAAGGGGGGGGGGAUUUGCAGCAGUUCUUUGAAUGUGUUAUUUUUAAAGACACAGACAUCUGGAGUGCAUUGCGGAUAUAGACGGAAAGGGGAGGGAAAACGGGAGCGUUUGAAGCGUGACGUUUCAUCUUCCUUUAAACUGUGUUCGUGGAAGCCCGCGGGGCGGGGGAGGGGGAUUCUUUGUGAUGGCAACAGCCCCCCCCCCCACCUCCCCCAAAGCAGUCGUUUCUUACUCAAGGCACAGUUCUGCAGAACAGACACAUUCAAAAGAAGCAAAGAUAAGGCGAGGGCGAAAAAUAGGUCCGAGCAAAAAUAGGUUUUGUGCAGACGUGGGACGAUUGGGCAGCACCGUGCCCUCUUCCCAUGGCGUUUCCAUCCUCCUCUGUUCAUGCAUUUGAGUUCUGUCUGCAUACUGAUAAUCCCGCCUGUAUGCUCGAACAUAGAAAAUAGCUUGAUGUUUCGUAGGGCGUGAGUAAACUCAGUCCUCCACGGCAGGUGUGCUUCAAACAUCAGACAGCUAUAAUAUCAAAGCAUUAUUUUUUUUCAGUUCCUUUGAAUCGACAGAGCAACAGUGGAGAAGGGAGGAAGGGUUUUUCCCCAUGUUUAAAUUUCCCUGCCGCAGCUUCUAUGAGAGUGUCGCGCUUAGAUGCCUAGUCUGACCAAAUUCCAAAAUAAAAGGGUUUUUCCCCCUCCUCUCUCUUUCAUUUGACUAAGAAUAAGCUUUGCUGUCUCUUUGCUAAUACUUCCGUAAAGAGGCAAGAAGUGUAGUCCCUAAAGAUCCACUGGAAACAAAUUGGGGGGUGAGGAAGGGUGUGUGUGGAAUGCAGCUUUUACUCAAUAAGACUUUUAUUGGCAGAGUGUCCAAUGAGUGGGGUGGGGCCUCUUAGGUCUCAAAGGAAAGGGGGAGGGGAGCUGCUUUCCUCAAAGGACUUGCUUCAAGUUUAUUUUAGUAUUGCGUGAUGGAGCUUCUGUAAAACAAAAAGAAAAUGUCUUGCACUAAUCUCACCCUGCUGCUCCCAACCCCUAUUUUUUUUUAAUGUGCUUGUGACAUUUAUUUUUCCUCCCCAAUUUAGGAUAAACAUACGCUGCUAUUUGUUUUUCGGGGUGGGGGGGGGGAAGGGUCACUACUAUAUCUUGUGUUUUGUUUCCAAUAACAGGUGUCGCAUUUCCUUUUUUCAUGGCCGGAGCCAUCGCUGGCAAACAGUCGUUUGCGUACACCAUUGAUUAAAAGGAAUAACAGUCACAGGGUCCUUUUUUUGGUAAAAGAAUAGUGUGCAGGUGGACUUUGGCCAAUAUUCUCCUUGCAUCACGUUUCUCGCAGCUGUCAGUUUUUCUUCAAGGGAGAUUGUCUGGUUUUUAACAUUUCGCCCAAUUUUUACUUAAAAGAGCAAUUUUAUAUUCAGUAGCUUUGCAGAAGAUUUUAUAUUGCCGUUGCAGUGUCAGUGAACUGGUUCGCAAAAGCCGUACUUCAAAUCCGGGUGUUUUCCUCUCUGUAGUUGGACGCAUGCAUUGCGAAGGACACAGCGCUGCCUUGGGAAGUGGCAGUCCUGCGUUGAGCUACUCCCUUCUCCUCUGCAACUUCUGGUUCAACAUUACCUAUUUCUGGAUAUCAUUAUGAUAUAUGUUUCCCUGUCCGAUGCCCUUAGCUAGUCAGGCAGGGAAAUACUCAUCGUAACGACUGAUGUCCUGUAAGUUGAAUUUAACACUGUAGAAGGGGGAAGGACGUGACGCAGGCCUGCCAUUUUCAGCGGCAGUGCUGUGUCCCUCCGUAAUGUGUCACUUCUGACCUUUUUUUAAUAGCUCACUGUAAAUUCAGCUAAUGCAGAGAAAACAUCUUGUUGCCCUUUUCAACCAGGCUGUCCUUUCAAUGCAGAUCUAUGUUUCCACACCCACGAAGCAAGUCAAAUUCAGCCUGUAAAGCACGGUAACCAUUUUAGCCUGUUUUUAAUAUGCACACCCCAGUUAUUACUAAUGGGGUAUUAUACUCUUAUACAGACCAUUGUGAGGAAAAAAGAGGAGGAUUUGUAUCUACUAGGGCACUCAUCUGUUAUGGUUCUGUACCAGCCAUUUGUAGAGUUUUGAGAAUAGACUCAAGAUGUUCAGGACAGUUUUCCUGUGAAUUACAAUAUGUAAGCUGAGUAUUGGCACUUGAAAAUCUUGCUUUUUAUUGCUGGAGGUACAGGACUGUGGCUGACCUCUGUCAUUAUUGAAAAAGAAAUUAAAAGGUUUUAAAAUGUAAAAAA